CCCGGGAGAAAGCCAACGUUCCUCUUUCUGGCCGAUCCUCAACCUUUCCAAGUGAGGAAAAUCUCCUCUCCUCCCAGAUGGACCACCAUGAAGCCCGCCGACAAGCACUUUCGCUGCACGGUCUGUCAGCGGGGCUUCACACGCAUUGAUCACCUCAAGCGACACCAUCUGCGUCAUUCCGGCCAAAAGCCCUACUCGUGCGUUUUCUGCAACGAGGCCUUUGCGCGAUGUGAUAAUCUUCGCGACCAUUAUAACGACUGCGCCCAACGUGGAGAUCGUCAAAUCCCCGAGACUGGCCAGAGGGGCCGUCGGCGACAUGCAUGUCAAUCUGUGAGUUCCACGAAUCCGACUUCCGCACAACCCAGACUAACUCGCAGUCCCUUGGCUGAAAAGUGUACCUCGAUGAAGCUUCGUUGCGACGGUGCAAGUCCCUGUGGUUCGUGCGUGAAGAGAGGCCUCGACUGCAACAAUGAACGACUGCUCCGCACCGACGCCCUCCCCGAACUUGACGACCCCAUGACGCGACCGUCUACACACAAUAUGGAAGAUGGCUCUUCAAGCUUCGGGUCUCCCUCGGUUAAGCCAGAGAUAUUCGACCAGCCAUCGGACCGCGGAUCGAUCAAGUUUCUUCUAAACGGCGGCACCGACAGCUUCACCGAACAGUUUCGGCUCCCGCCACGAGACGAUCGCGCUCGGGGUAUGGAAUUCCACAACCAGGUCGGACUACAAGAAGCUGCAGGAGGGAUAUUCCCAUACAACAUGCAAGAGAACCGCUCGCAUUUUCCCUCGCCAGUUGCUGGUUCGGAUCCCUCAUCUCUUCAAUUUUUCCAAGACACCUUUCUGGACUUUUUCAAUGGGCCAUUCGGCGAUAGCCAAAAGUCCCUGGAGGACCCUUAUAAUCCUCGCAUCGACUUCAAUGCGCCUGGGCAAGAUCCAAAUACUAUACCUAUGCAACCAGAUCAUACACCAGUAUUCGAGCCGGAACGGCCUUUUGCAAUGGCUCUCAUCCAAUCUAUUCUGGCAAGGGCAUGGACUGUACCGCUGGAUCCCAAGGCACAGGAGGAAAUAUCGUCCAGUCUCAACUUCUUGCUUACUACUGCACGUAUACGCAAAUUCUUGUCGCUUUAUUUUAGGUACUGGCAAAAUAACUGCUCAAUCUUCCACGUCUCUUCUUUCGACCCAGAGACGACUUCAUUGCCGCUUCUCGCUGCUGUGACAUUUAUGGGCGCUAUGUAUAGCGCAGAUCCGCGGGAAACAUACAUUGCGAAGAGAGUUUUGGACUUUGCUGAGCUCUUCGUGUUCUCCAGUCCCGUCUUUUCGCCCGAGACUGAGGUCGCUUCUGUGUUCUCAGGUCACAAGACCCCGGAAGAUGACGACAAUGACUGGGUGAAGUUCCAGAAUUUCUUGGCUGGCCUUGUUAUUACUGUUGUUCAGUACUGGGCAGGUAGCCGCGCUUCACGAAAUCGUGCGAUGGAAAACCGAUUUAGCGAAAUUGUCAAAGUUGCCCGACGGCUCGAGCUCGUGAAAUGCAGACAUCAACCCCAUGAGCAGCUACAGGAAGAUCUCUGGAUUCAGACCGAGUGCCGCAUCCGUGCCAUUAGUGUCAUAUCUCUGCUUGAUUGUGCAUUCUUCUUUUACCAGAACUACCCAUGUCGUUUGACUCAUUCUGAGAUGGAAUGCGAGCUUCCAUGUGAAGAGUCAGUAUUUCAGGCCGAUCAUCCGUUUUCCGAGCCCAAUUUUCGGUUUACUCGGGAAAUCACCAUCUACUCAGCUUUUCAAAAUCUUUUUGAGCCUGUGAAAAAAGAUGGCCAAUCUGCCGAUAUUUACGAUAUGGGACUGACGGUCCUGGAUACCUUCAUUCUGAUUCACGUUUUAUUCGCCUUCAUCAAUACGCACAUGACACUAGUCGGACUCUUGAAACGGCAAAGUUCUGUCAUCCAAGCUUUACAAAAUACAACUCAUGGAGAUGGCAGCAGGAGCAUGAUACCAGAAGACUCCUUAUUGAUUUCAAUUCGCACAGCUCUGAGCCGCUGGCGCGACUACUGGCUCGCAGUCCGCAGCAAAGUUUCGAACGACGAGUGGGCUUCGAUGGGAUUCUACAAAAACGGGUAUAAUUUCUGGCUUGUCUCGCAGCUUCUCAUUACGAACAAGGAUGCUGUUGAUGUCAUUCUCCAAAUGGAAGUUCAUUGCGAAGAUAAGCUCGAGAAAUUGAAGGUUUUACUCAAGGACGAACAGGACUAG